GGAUGUUUAGGAGCCUUAGAUGGAACCUAUAUUCCGGUGCGUGUCCCUGGACGCCUACCCCCACGAUAUCGAAAUAGAAAAAGUUCUAUUUUUGUGAAUGUGCUUGGUGUGUGCACGCAAGAAAUGAAUUUUUCGUACGUAUUGACUGGUUGGGAAGGUUCUGCGGCUGACAGUAGGAUUUUACGAGACGCUGUUCACCGACGAGGGGGCCUUCCUGUACCAUCUGGGAACUAUUACCUCUGCGAUGAUGGCUACACAAAUGGUCCGGGUUUCUUGGCUCCGUAUAGGGGUGUGCGGUAUCAUUUGGAUGAGUUUGGUGAAGGUAACCGAGUGCCUACAAACCAUAAAGAAUUGUUUAACUUAAGACAUGCCAGAGCGCGAAAUAUAAUUGAGCGAGCUUUUGGAGUAUUGAAGAUGCGUUGGGCUGUCCUUAGGAGCAAGACUUAUUUCGACAUACGCACUCAAAAUAAAAUUAUUCUUGCCUGUUGUCUCCUUCAAAACUUCAUCCGGGCUACCAUGCAUUUAGACCCAAUGGAAAAUGAGGGUGAUAAUAUGAUGAAUCGGCAGAGAAACUCCGAAGCCCAUGACCCCUUUGACUAUGUAGACGUUGUUGAGCCAACGACCGAAUGGACAAAUAUGCGGGAUGCUUUGGCUAUUUCAAUCGGGGGACGCAAUUCACAGGCCGCCGGACAAUGUCGAGUUUGGAAUGAAGAUGAGGACCGUGCUUUGAUUGUAGGUUUGCGCGAUCUUGUUGCCCGCGGCUGGAAAUGCGACAAUGGAUUUCGCAAUGGUUACGCCAUCAUAUUAGAACAGCACAUGCACCACAUGUUCCCGGGAACUACCAUAAUAGCGGAACCUCACAUAACAUCUAAGAUUUCGGUCUGGAAAAAAAAUUAUGGUUUGCUUUCGGAGAUGCUUGCUACUUCCGGCUUUGGAUGGAGUGAAACAGGGAAUAUGAUUACUGUGCGGGAAGAGGAUGUUUGGAAAGACUACAUCAAGGCUCAUCCAAAGGUCAAAUCAAUGCGUUACAAACCAUGGCCCCUUUUUCCGGAUUGGAUGGAAAUUUUUGGAAAGGACCGCGCAACGGGAGAGGGGGCAGUAGGUUUCACUGAUGCGGUGAAAGUAGUGCAUCUGGUAAGUCUAAGCGUUAUGGAAAAAAAAAAGCGUAAUGUUGAGGUGGAAUACAAAAUAAUCGGGCUACUGUCCUCCGUUUGCCAGGAGACGAACAAUCGUCUUUCAGAACUUUCCACACGUGUCGGUCAACAGGUUGAUGCAAAAGCGCAACGAAUUGCUGUUUACGAUGCACUAAAAAAAAUUCCUAACUUAACAACGGAUGAAAGGGUCAUUGUUGCUCGGUACUUAUCCAAAAAUGUUGACGAGAUGGAACUGUUUUUCAGCCUUGACGAUGAUGGAAGGAGCUCAAUGGUGUACCAGAUUUUGAGCGGGUCAUCGUAG